GGCCGGCUGUGGUCAGUGACAAAUGCUGGCUGCAAUCCAGCCAGCUCUCUGCCCUUUCUGAGCCCGAGGGACUGCCACCUCCACUGUGUGCACGCUCAGCUACGGGACACAUUUCAGGUAUCCAAGGCAGCAGAGGUGAGUGGGUCCCCUGAGCUCUGUGACCUUAUGCUCCACACUAACUCUGGCAGAGCCUCCGUUUCCUCAUAGGUAAGAUGGAAAUAAUUACACCCUCUGAAUGGUGUGACUGAAGAUUAAAUACAGCGGGUGCUCUCACUCAGCACAUCUGGCCAUGUCUGCAGACACAUUUGGUUGCCACAACUGGAAGGGGGGUGAGGGUUAGUGACAUCUAGAGGCCAGUGAUGCUGCUGAUGAUCCCACAAUGCCCAGGACAAGAUCACAAAGCAUCAUCCUGUUCAAAAGGUCAACAGGAUCAAGGUUGAGAGACCCUGAAAUAAGGCCAUGGGGACAAAAUGUCGGCUGGAUAGGAGGUGCUCAGUAAGUGGCAGCUUCUGUUGUUUUCUGUGCCUGGAGUCUUGGGCCUUUAGAAAUCAGGAACAAUGAUCCAAUAUUAUCGGCUUCCCUGAGAUAAGGGCAUCUUGCCUGGAGGCUGCCACCCAGGCUGGCCAUGGCAGCUGCUCAUGAGAGACAGUAACCAUUUGGCAGUUUGUUAAAUGAACAAAAUGUAGAAAUAAAGUAAGCAGAAUUUUUAGUUUUUCUGAAGGUAGGGCUUUUGGCCAGAUAUGCAGCAAUACAAGAGCAAACUGCUUCCUUGGGCCAGUGUCCUUGCUCAUAGAUCGGGAAACUGAAGCGUGAAGAAUACAAGCGGCAGAUGCCUGAAGAACAAAGAACAGCCGCCAUGCAGCUCUUCCUCCUCUUGUGCCUGGUGCUUCUCAGCCCUCAGGGGGCCUCCCUUCACCGCCACCACCCCCGGGAGAUGAAGAAGAGAGUCGAGGACCUCCAUGUAGGUGCCACGGUGGCCCCCAGCAGCAGAAGGGACUUUACCUUCGACCUCUACAGGGCCUUGGCUUCUGCUGCCCCCAGCCAGAACAUCUUCUUCUCCCCUGUGAGCAUCUCCAUGAGCCUGGCCAUGCUCUCCCUGGGGGCUGGGUCCAGCACAAAGAUGCAGAUCCUGGAGGGCCUGGGCCUCAACCUCCAGAAAAGCUCAGAGGAGGAGCUGCACAGAGGCUUUCAGCAGCUCCUUCAGGAACUCAACCAGCCCAGAGAUGACUUCCAGCUGAGCCUCGGCAACGCCCUUUUCACCGACCUGGUGGUGGACCUGCAGGACACCUUCGUAAGUGCCAUGAAGACGCUGUACCUGGCAGACACUUUCCCCACCAACUUUAGGGACUCUGCAGGGGCCAUGAAGCAGAUCAAUGAUUAUGUGGCAAAGCAAACGAAGGGCAAGAUUGUGGACUUGCUUAAGAACCUCGAUAGCAAUGCGGUCGUGAUCGUGGUGAAUUACAUCUUCUUUAAAGCUAAGUGGGAGACAAGCUUCAACCACAAAGGCACCCAAGAGCAAGACUUCUACGUGACCUCGGAGACUGUGGUGCGGGUACCCAUGAUGAGCCGCGAGGAUCAGUAUCACUACCUCCUGGACCGGAACCUCUCCUGCAGGGUGGUGGGGGUCCCCUACCAAGGCAAUGCCACGGCUUUGUUCAUUCUCCCCAGUGAGGGAAAGAUGCAGCAGGUGGAGAAUGGACUGAGUGAGAAAACGCUGAGGAAGUGGCUUAAGAUGUUCAAAAAGAGGCAGCUCGAGCUUUACCUUCCCAAAUUCUCCAUUGAGGGCUCCUAUCAGCUGGAGAAAGUCCUCCCCAAUCUGGGGAUCAGUAACGUCUUCACCUCUCGUGCUGAUCUGUCCGGCAUCAGCAACCACUCAAAUAUCCAGGUGUCUGAGAUGGUGCACAAAGCUGUGGUGGAGGUGGAUGAGUCGGGAACCAGAGCAGCGGCAGCCACGGGGACAAUCUUCACUUUCAGGUCGGCCCGCCUGAACUCUCAGAGGAUAGUGUUCAACAGGCCCUUUCUGAUGUUCAUUGUGGAUAACAACAUCCUCUUCCUUGGCAAAGUGAACCGCCCCUGAGGUGGGGCUUCUCCUGAAAUCUACAGGCCUCAGGGUGGGAGAUGAAGGAGGCUAUGCUAUGGCCCAUCUGUAUGCUGGUAGCUAGUGAUUUACACAGGUUUAGUUGACUAAUGAGGCAUUACAAAUAAUAUUACUCUAUGAUGAUUGCUUCCACCCACACAACUGCAACAUACAGGUGCCUUGGGGAAAUGUGGAGAACAUUCAAUCUUGCCGUCACUAUUCAUCAAUGAAGAUUAGCACUGAGAUCCAGAGAGGCUGGAUGACUUGCUCAAGUUCACCAGCAUGGUAGUGGCAAAGAGAGGUCCAGAGUCCUGGCCCUUGAUGCCCAGCUCAGUGCCACAAAGCUCAGUAGGAGGGAUGUUCCAGUGGAUGAGGGCCACCAGGAAGCACAGGUCCAAGGCUGGUCCCACACUUACCAGCAACAACAACUGUCAGUUCAUCCUGCAUGGGAAAAAUGUUGGAAUGGGAGUCUGAAAUGGGGCUACUGUUUCAGUCCUAACGUGCUGUGUGACAUUGGGACAACACUUUCCCUCUCUGGACCUCAGUUUCCCUCUGUAUACAAGGAUCAGAUUCUUGCUGUGACCCAAGAACUCCUGAAAUCAUAUAGAAAGGCUGGGGUGGGCCCUGUCAUUCAUGGUUGAUUUCAAUACACUCAAGUGCCAUUCAUCCUUUAAGAAAAACAUCUGGAUAUCAAGGUGGAAAUGGCCCAUUUAACGAUUGAUUAUAUCAUUUUGUGGAUAUAGUUAUAAUCUGAUGGGCCUGGCUGGGAGUGGAAGAAGGGAAGCCUUUUGCAAAUAGUAGAGUAUCAGUUGCAGGUGCCAAUGACUAACUUUUUGAAUUCUAUGUUGGCAUUAACAAUAAAGCAUUUUGCAAACA